UUCGGUAAUAUUUCCCAUCCCCUCCAACUAUCGAUCCAAAAACCCAAACAUCCACGUGGCAAUGACUCUUGUGAACCACGUGGCACUAUCUGGUGACCUUUCCAGACCCGGGCACGUCACCAGUUGCCUUUGGACUUGGCACGUGUCUCUAUAAAGGGUUAACCUCUCAAAGUCUUGCCGUUGUUUUCUGAGAAAAUAAUGGAAACACCCAACGGAAAACAAGACGGAAAUGGUGACGCCGCCGUCACGGAAGCACGGCCCGCCGUCCUCAAGCGGACGGAGUAUGACGCCGUCCGCUCUAAUGUCGCCGUCUUCUUCUGGUUGGGAGCCAUCCACUGUAACGCCUUCUUAGUCUUAACGGCGUUUGCUCUCUUCCCAAGCUGGCGUUCGCUCCUGAUAUUGGGGUUGCUGAUUUUGCUAAUGCUGAUUCCUUUGGAUGAUAAGAGCAAAUUGGGUCAGGACAUAGCUAGGUUUGUGUGUAAAUAUGCAUGUGGGUAUUUCCCAGUAACUCUACAUGUUGAGGAUAUGAAGGCUUUCAGCCCCAAUAGAGCUUAUGUCUUUGCCGUUGAACCUCACUCAGUUCUUCCUAUCGCCAUUGUCUCCCUGUGCAACUUCACAGGGUUCAUGCCUCUGCCUAAAAUAAAGGCUCUUGCAAGCAGUGCGAUAUUUUACACACCAAUUCUUCGUCAUAUUUGGACAUGGAUGGGACUUGUUGCUGCUACAAAGAAGAACUUUGUUUCAUACUUGAGAGAUGGCUACAGUUGCAUUGUCAUUCCUGGCGGGGCUCGCGAGAUAAUGUAUAUGGAGAAGGGAUCUGAGGUGGCCUAUCUCAAGGCAAGGACUGGAUUCGUUCGUGUUGCCAUGGACAUGGGUAGCCCUUUAGUCCCUGUAUUUUGCUUUGGUCAGAGUGAUAUAUAUAGUUGGUGGAAAGGGAAAGGGGACUUAUAUGUCCGAGUAACUAAAGCACUCCGCUUCACUCCUCUUGUAUUUUGGGGGCGGUUUGGGCCUAUCCCGUAUCGUCGACCAAUGCAUGUUGUAGUAGGGAGACCAAUUGAAGUGAAUAGAAAUCACCAGCCUACCAAAGAAGAGGUUGCUGAAGUUCAUCAGAAAUAUACGGAGGCUCUUAGAGAGCUUUUUGAGAGGCAUAAAGCUGAAGCCGGGUAUGCUGAAUAUCAGCUGAGAAUACUGUGAUAGAAGCACAUGUUGCUCUCUUUAUGAUGUCAUUUGUUAUCUAGCAGGAAAUUUUUAUUGUACUGGUUCAAACUAGGUUUCAAAUCAGUGAAUGGAAGCCUCUCUCUGUGUUAUAUGGUAGGAAUUCUCAUUAUAUGAUUUCUAUAUGCACACACAAAAGCUUAGAACUCUUUUGAUGAAAGGAAAACUGAUUUGAGAGAGUA